AAUCUACGGAUGCCGGCAGGGAGAGCGCGCUGUUCAGGUUGGACUGGAACUGGAAGUUCAAAGAAACCAAAGUCCAGGGUUCGAGUUACAGUCCCACCAUCCGCCCAGGCUCAAAACAGAGCCGGUGGGAGCUGACCAUGGAGGACCCGGGAUUCCUCUGAGAAACACUCGACACACCUAAUUAGGGUUUUCUUUUUGUUAACUCAUCUGAUGUUUACAAUGAUGGGCAGUCGGAGAAACGGCUUAACGAAGGAAAGCUUUAUCCUGUCGGUGGACGUCGGUACAACGUCAAUCAGAUGUCAUGUGUAUGACAAGAAAGCGAGGAUCAGAGGAUCAUGCACCAGCAAGGUUGUCCCGUUGUAUCCAGAGGUGGGACACGUGGAGAUGGACCCAGAUGCAUUGUGGGAAGGCUUUAUCACUGUGGUCAAAGGGGCAGUGCAAGACGCAGGAGUCCAGAUGUGCCAGAUGGAGGCCCUCGGCAUCUCCACUCAGAGAGCAACCUUCACCACCUGGGACAGAAGGACGGGGGUUCCUUUUCACAACUUCAUCAGCUGGCAGGACCAAAGAGCUGCAGACCUGGUGAAGUCUUGGAACAGAUCCUGCAUCAUGAAGAUAAUCCACGGCGCAAUGAAGGUGGCCUACUUCCUGACGCGGGACAAGCGGUCGCUCGCAGCGAGCCUCAUCGUCUUUUCCACUCAGCACGUCACCUUUCGCCUCGUGUGGGUGUUGGCCCACUACAAGCAGGUCCAUCAGGCGAUCGAAGAAGGCAACUGCUGCUUUGGAACCAUAGACACUUGGCUCCUGUUCAAACUCACCAAAGGUCGCGUCCACGCCACAGACUACUCCAACGCCAGUUCAACGGGGAUUUUUGACUCCUACCAGAUGUGCUGGAGUCAGUUUCUCUGCUCUCUUGUCUCUCUGCCCCUCUCAAUAUUCCCCCAAGUAGAAAAUACAGGCCAUAAGUUCGGCUCCACAGAUCCGUCCGUCCUCGGAGUGUCCAUUCCCAUCAUGUCAGUGAUGGCGGACCAGCAGGCGGCCAUGUUUGGAGAGUGCUGCUUUGACGUGGGCGACGUGAAAAUCACAAUGGGAACCGGCACCUUCAUGGACAUCAACACUGGGAGCAAACCACACACGUCUGUGGCAGGUCUGUAUCCGCUGGUGGGGUGGAAGAUUGGCUCAGACGUCGUUUACCUGGCAGAGGGCAACGCAGCAGACACGGGCACUGCCGUCAAAUGGGCCCAAGAACUUGAGCUCUUCUCAGACGUCGGAGAGACCAGCGACAUGGCUUACAGUGUCAGCGACUCAGAUGGAGUGUGCUUCGUCCCUUCCUUCAGCGGCCUGCAGGCUCCUCUGAAUGACCCCAGAGCGUGUGCUUCCCUGAUGGGCCUCAAACCUUCCACGACUAAAAGCCAUUUGGUCCGAGCCAUUCUGGAGUCGGUCGCCUUCAGAAACAAGCAGCUGUAUGAGACGAUGCUCAGAGAGACCUGCAUCCCCAUCACAAAGAUCAGGGUGGACGGAGGCGUUUCCUCCAACGACUUCAUUCUGCAGCUGACUGCAGACCUGUUCGGCAGAAAGGUGAUCCGGCCCCAACACCGGGAGAUGUCCUCUCUGGGGGCCGCUUUUGUUGCCGGACUCGGAGUGGGUUUCUGGAUGACCCGUGAAGAGCUGAAGAAGCUGCAGAGCGCUGAUAAGGUGUUCCUGCCUAAAGGUGCUGCCGGACCCGGUCAGGAAUACAACCCCGUCCUCCAGAGCUGGGAGAGAGCACUGAGGCGCUCCAUGAACUGGUACAAGCCCUGACUGUGGGACGCACCAACAGGAAGGGUCUGGACCAGAACCAAUGGAAACGACACAAUAGCUGCUGAGUACACGUGAAACGCAGAGCUAACCGCCAUCAGCUGUGCCUUCAAAUGAAUAUAACUUUAUCUGUGUGAAUCAUGGUCCGCGUAAUUUAAAGACAUGGUACUUAAAGCUGCAGCAGGUGGAGACCUGGUGGAAGGUGUACAAUGGACCAAAAGUUACUUGAAAAUGAAAAUCUUCUGAGCUUUCUAGGGAAGUCAGAACUGAUCUAAGCCCCUGUUCAUACCUGGCACUAAUAACCAAACCGGGGGAUCAGAUCAUGAAGCUAAGCAUGAACAACCUCAGCUACUAGCUUAACUCUGCUAGUACCGACCAGAAACUAUUGACUUUUCAUUUAGAGCUUUGACUUGCUGAAAGCAACCGUAGCAAAUUCCAGUUUCUCUUUGGGAACUAAAAAAAAAGAAGCUAACCGAAUAGUGCUAAAUUUUCUCUCAUCUAUUUAUCGCUAGCAGUCAGAUAUUGAUUAUAUCAACACUGUGUGUGAGGAAUGCUGUAAAAUGGGGUUUUAGUCAUUUAAAGCAAAUACAUUAUUGAAGUCAAAUGUUUUCAACCAUCAUUAGCAUCUCAUAUUAGCAGUUAGCACUGUUAGCUUCCUGAGCCGCUAUAUGUUCCUCAUAGAGAUCGCAGUGCAGGGUUUCCCCCAGUAUAUUAUAGGCCUGGCCACCCGCCAUGCUUUACGAGCACCAAUGCCAGGCUAAGCCUUUCUUGAUUAUGUUUUUAGGAAAAUAAUAAUAAAUUAAAAGUCGCUUCUUCUUUUUGUCUUUUUUUUUUUUAAGCCACAUUGUAAGCGUCUCUGUUGCUCUGAGCGUUUCACUGGCGGAGAAGAUUUAUUCCUAAAAGAUAUGUUUAUAGAAGAUAGUUUUAUAGUUUAUGCAUUUAAAGCUGGACCAAUCACACCACUGGCGCCUCUGCGCGUUGCCUGUGCGCGUUGCCUCUGCGCGUUGCCUGUGCGCGUUGCAGCAGCUGGAUGUCUUAAGUUUACCUCAGUGCAGAUCCCUCGCACCUCCUUUUACUCAAACUGGACACAGGCUGACCUGUAUGGAUAUUUACAUCGACCCCCAGUGAGGAAUUAUUUGUCUUUCCAGAGUUUUUGAUCAAAGUAGGAGUUUAAACCCCACCGCGUUAGCUCUGGUUUCUACGUGAACCGCAGGAAUAGCUUGUAGUGGCGCUUUCAGAGGUCUGUUGAGCGAGUGGUGAGAAUGAUUUAUAUUUGUGGUCAAAGAAUUUUGUGCAGCUUUUCCAUCUCAACACGCCGCCCAGCGCCCGGCUCUGUGUGCGCUGAUAAGGUUUAUUAUGUGUUCCCGGUUGGCCGGAGCUUUAGUGGUUAAUGAACGAAAUAUUGUUUCACUGGCGAUGUCUUCCCGUAACAUAGUAACAUUUUUACUUUUCCUGUCUGCUUAACAUCUUUUAAUACAAAAACACGGUGGACCGCCUCCGCACCCCGACCACCGGGCUUAGCAAGUUUUCUGUGGGAAACCCUGCAGUGCCUUAACUCCAAUUUUUCCAAAUUCAGGAAGAAAGAAGAAGCAACAUACUAAAGAAAGCAUCUCUGUUUUUAAAUAUUUCUCACAAAUUUUUGCAAUUCCCAUGAAUGUGUUUAACACCUCAUUGGGAAGGAAAAUAGCUAACUUUGAGUCUUUUUUCCUCAGUAACCGAGGACUAUUGUUAGACCCGGAAGCACUUAAAUAUGUGAAUGGAAGCAGACCAGAUUUUUUUAAUUUCUGACCAUCAAACUAUAAAAAUAAUCAGAUUCUGGUCACCAUCUGAUUUCUCGGUAUAUGUUCAAUCUUAUUUGCGUUGUAGUCUGAACACAAACACUCAGUUAAAGGUCCACCCAUGACUCGGGAUAUAAGCUCCACAUUGGAUUCUUCUGGUUUUAAGAAAACGCUAAUAAAAACUAAAUUAAUGACUAAUCUAUGUGUCUAGCUGGAGGUAGAUUUUUAGGCAAAAAUUUUCUAUUGUAAGACAAAUACAGUACAAGCAGCAGGUUGGUCAGAUCUAUUUUGGUUCAUCAUAAUCAGUCAUAUUUCUGUAAGAGUCAAAUGGUCCAAACUAAGGUGCAAUAAGCCUUCAGGAGAUAAUAUACAAAUAUUUUCAUUUAUAUCAAGUCACAGAUAACUGCGUUUAUAUAGAACAUCUAAACCACAGUUGGCUAAAGUGCUCUAUAUACAAAAUGAUUGGCAAUGAAACAACAAAAAUGUCAUUGUCACAACAAACACAUUAAUAUUAAAUAACUAUGUUUUAAGCAGAAAGUUUGUCAGCUGUUUCUCCAGAUUCAAGCCCUUUUCUGACAGUUUAUUUUAUAAUUCACAUAAAUAUUUAGAUCUGAGAAAAAAAUGCUAUGCAACCAUGUAAUUGCAUUGGUGCAAAACAGUGGUUAGAGUUGACAAAAACUUCAGUCCUGCACAGAGUCUAGAUGAUCAAGAUAUACACUAAUAGAUGUGUGCAUGUAUGGGUUGUUGUUUUUGUGAGGUGAGUGUAAAAAAAAAAAAAAACACACAUAAACCUCCAAUGUGUUCAAGAUUAUUUUAUAGUUCAGGUUUUUAGGGAUUUCAUAGAAACAUGAGGAGACCAGCUGAUGUUCUGCUUGUCGCCAUGGAUUCUGUAUAGAUUUCUUGUAUUCUGACCUUUCUUUGCCACACUUUUAUGAUUUUGAAUAUCAACAAAUUUUAGUAUCAAAGAUAAUCUGAGUAAAUAAGAAAUCCAGCUUUAAAAUGAGAAUUUCAUUUAUUCUCCUUCUUAGAAAUGCAGAGUUUAUGAAAAUUUCCUUCUUUUAAAAUUAUUUUCUCAGAUUGAUGUCAACUGAUAUUAAAACGGUUGGAUACGACACCUUUAAAUGUGACCAAAAAAAGCAAAAUCAGAAGAAAUCUGUAAGGGAUUAAGUACUUUUUAAAAUUUUGAUAGCAAUCUGGAAACAGAUCGGAUCAUUUAGGAAGCGUUUUUAGGUGAAUGUUACUGCCAAGUCUGAACCGGGUCCAUAAAGAACAAUUAGCAUGAAGAAGUUCCUGCUCCAUUAUUUCUUCUCACCAGCCUCUUUGUCUCGUUAAUGAAAUAAUAUUACCCGAUGCUAUGACGCCAACGACUAGCUUAUCAGCUUUUAAUUCAUGAGUGCUCCAUAGCAACAACCGAGUGCUAAAUGUUUAAUCAUGGGACACAAGCCAGAAUCCAUUCAGAUUCAAGCACAAACUUCAGUUCAUUUUGGAUUAAAAUAAACUGACCUGACGUCUUGAUGUUUCAGAACCAGUAUUUUUUUUUUUUCUUAUGAAGCUGCAUCUUGGUGAUUUAACAUGAAAUGUUUGCAUAGUCAUUUUAAAAUGAUGAGGACCUGAUUUAAAAAAAUACCUGUUUCCUUUGGGAAAUUUGGAUCAACUUUAUUUUAAACCCUUUGUGAAUGUUUGUAUAUAAUGUUAUAAUUAUAAUGGUGUUAAAUAUUGACUCACUGUUAAAAUGUGAUUGUUCCUCUGAACCUGUAAAAGCCGCUGUACUCAGUAUUUAAGAGCGUUUGUACUAAAUAAUGUUUUAUAAAGACGGAAUCAGGGAUAUAAGAAAUGGUUGAACUGGCAGAAAAAAGAAGCAUUCCAAUACUUUUCUGCUUAUUAUUGUAGAUUUUUUUGAUGUCGUAUGAUCAGUGUGAACUCUGAUGACAUUCUUCUAACAUGAUUGUUCUGUAACUGAGAACUCUAAACUUCUUUCUUCACCUCUGA